AUGAACGACGAAAAGGAACCAUUGGAAUCAGAAGAGUUAGAAGAAAUAGAAAUGCGCGUUAUUCAAGGGUACUCUUAUGAUAGACUUCAGUCAGAACUCCGAGUCGUCGAGGGAGAAUCACCAGAAGGAGUUGCAAUAACAAUUAAAGAUGACGAUAUAUUCCGAUGGAGAGUGAAAAUACAAGGACCAAAAGAUACUCCAUACGAAGGAGGUACAUUUGCUUUAAAAUUAUAUUUUCCAUCAGGAUAUCCAGAAAGUCCACCACUGAUUUCUUUCAAAACUAAAAUUUUUCAUCCGAAUGUUGAUUCUUUCGGAAUUGUUCACAUGGACGUCCUGCUUCCAUCGAUUUGGUCACCAGACAUAACAGUACUGAGUAUGUUGAAAUCUAUCAAGGACUUACUUGUUUACCCAAAGCCAACUGAGUAUGGAGACCCUCAAGUUUUAUCAAUGUUUCAUAAAGAAACACAACGGUUCGUAGAAGAAGCUAAACAAUGGACUGAAAAGUAUGCCAUGGAAAACAAGAACAUUUUUACAAGGAAAUUUAAAAUGUUAAAUUUUAGAUGUUGUGGAAAUCGAAAUAAAUAUGUAAAAGAAUAG